GUUCGUUGUGUGCAAAGGAAGCUGUUGUUGGAAUCCCUUGCAAAUGAACUUCCUAGUGGCACAACCAGGUUCUCAUCAAAAUUUGUUUCAAUCGAAGAAUCAGGCUACUUUAAGCUUCUGCAUCUUGCUGAUGGAACCAUCCUCAAAGACAAAGGAAAAUCCGCUAUUAGAGGUCAGGCAAACUUCAACAGCAAUCAUGGAUUUGAUCCCAUAUCCAUGCGGUUCUUCAGGCAUGGAGUUAGAUCUGGUGUCAUCCCUUGUGAUAAAAAAAGCUGUUUAUCGGUACUUCACUUGGGAUCCCUCAAGCCAAGAUUAGAGUUUCACACCAUUUUUUUUGGGUGGGGGGCGGCUUUUGCUUCCAUUAUGAUUCCUUCUUUUGAGACAAAUUUUAACAGGUAACAUAACACCAGUUAGGUCUGACUUCUAACUUAAGAUAGAUCCUUAAAUUUGUUGUUUACUGCUCAUGUCUUAGAGAAAGGUUUGGAAGAGAAUCCAGCUCAAUUGAGGCAAUUUGUGUCGAGCAAGCUAGGAAAGAUUCCUGAUGAAGUAAGGGCUACAAUAGAAAACACUGAAUUGGCAUGGAUGCUUUUAUAUCGUCUCCCUUGAGAUAUAAACCUCCUUGGGAGGUUCUUUGGGGACAGCUAAUGUGGUUGGUUUUAUGCAGGGGAGCGAAGGAAGGUUGAUGACCUUGUUGAACAGAUUUCUGGGGCCUUUAAUCCCCAAGUUGCUGUUGAAAAAGAUUGAUUUUGAUUGUGGGAAGCUCAGCACCACUUGCAUUACUUUCUCUUGGUAUCAUAGAUAUGCAAUGAUUCAUGCUUUAAAAUUCUGGAAUUCUUAAUUUUAAAAGUGAAAACCCAAACAAGCCUCAGCUUAUUCAAGUUUCAAUGGAAGUAGUAGAAGAAAUUGUGAUUGUUGGAGCUGGAAUUGCUGGCCUUACAACUUCCUUAGGACUUCACAGGCUGGGAAUUCGGAGCUUAGUGUUGGAAACAUCAGAGAGUUUGAGGACGACUGGAUUUGCAUUCUCAACAUGGACAAAUGCCUGGAAGGCCUUGGAUGCCAUUGGAAUUGGGGAAUCUCUUCGGAGACAACACGAGACACUUCAUAGGAAUGUUACUUACUCAACAGUUUCUGGGCUUCCAGUGUUUGAGAUGUCACUGAAGGACAAGGGAAAACAAGGAGACCAUGAAGUUCGUUGCGUGCAGAGGAAGUUGUUGUUGGAAGCCCUUGCAAAUGAACUUCCUAGUGGCACAAUCAGGUUCUCCUCCAAGGUGGUUUCCAUUGAGGAAUCAGGCUACUUUAAGCUGCUGCAUCUUGCUGAUGGAACCAUCCUCAAGGCCAAGGUCUUGGUUGGGUGUGAUGGAGUGAACUCUGUGGUGGCGAAAUGGCUGGGCUUCAAGCCACCGGCCUUUACAGGGAGACAUGGUAUAAGAGGUAAUGCGAACUACAAGAACAGUCAUGGGUUUGAUCCCAACUUCAUGCAGUUCUUUGGCAAUGGUGUUAGAUCUGGUGCCAUCCCUUGUGAUGAUAAAACAGUUUAUUGGUUCUUCACUUGGGCUCCAACCAACCAAGAGAAAGAGCUAGAGAAGAACCCAGCUGAGAUGAAGCAAUUUAUGCUGAACAAGCUGGGAAAUAUACCUGAUGAAAUAAAGGCUGUGAUUGGAAACACUGAAUUGGAUGCUUUUGUUUCCUCUCCUUUGAGAUUUAGGCAUCCAUGGGAGCUUCUUUGGGGAAAUAUUAGCAAAGGCAAUGUUUGUGUAGCUGGAGAUGCGCUCCAUCCUAUGACCCCGGACCUUGGCCAAGGAGGCUGCUCCGCAAUAGAAGACGGUGUUGUGUUGGCAAGAUGUCUUGGUGAGGCCUUGCUGAAAAACUCAAGGCAAGAAAUGAAAGGUAAAAGUGAACAAGGAAAGGAGGAAUAUAAGAAAAUUGAGAUGGGGUUGAAUAAGUUUGCCAAUGAGAGGAGAUGGAGAGGCUUUGACCUGAUUAGUACAGGUUAUAUGGUUGCUUUAAUUCAAGGGAGUGAAGGAAAAAUGAUGUCUAUCUUGAACAAAUAUUUGGCUCCAAUUCUAGCUAGGUGGCUGCUACAGAAGGCUGAUUUUGAUUGUGGAAAGCUCAGCAGCAUCUGAUGGAGGACAUUAUUAAUUAAGUGGCAAUGACUUAUGAAAGUUUACUCGAGGCAUGGCAAAGAGGGUAAUAUAAAUCCCAUCUCCCAAUCCUUAUUUGGGAUCUUAGGUAAAUGGGUAUUGUAGUUUGGUCAAGUGGUAGUGACUUAGUGAAGUACGAUGAGUUUUUCCGGUAUGGGUUUGAUAAUUAAUAAAUGGUAUUUCUAAAUG